AUGUUCUUCUCUCGGAUCCCGCUUCUACCCCUCUUCUUCUUUGUCUCAACUUCCUCCUCGUCGUCUGAACCUGAUCUUGCUUCUGAUCAUAAUCAAGCUUAUACUGCUCUUCCUGAUAAUAUCCAGUCGUUUUCUGCCAUGUCUGUUGGUACUUACUCUCUUCCGGCGUUGCCGUACGCCUACGAUGCCCUUGAGCCUAGCAUCUCUGCUCAAAUCAUGGAGCUACACCAUAGCAAACAUCACCAAGCCUACGUGACAAACCUCAACGCCGCGCUAAAGAACUACGCAACCGCUACUUCAACCAAUGACAUCGCCGGCCAGAUCGCCCUGCAAUCAGCCAUCAAGUUCAACGGCGGCGGUCACAUCAACCACUCUCUCUUCUGGGAGAAUCUUAGCCCUUCUAGCUCUACUGACUCCAAGCCCGAGAGUGCUCCUACACUUAGCGCUGAGAUCUCAAAGACGUGGGGUAGCAUUCAGGCUUUCCAGGAGGCAUUCAAGAAGACACUUCUGGGAUUGCAGGGUAGUGGAUGGGGAUGGCUUGUUAAGGAUACGCACGGCCUUCGUAUUGUUACGACAAAGGAUCAGGAUCCUGUUGUUGGAGGAGAGGUUCCUAUUUUUGGUGUUGAUAUGUGGGAGCAUGCCUACUACCUCCAGUAUCUCAACGGCAAGGCUGCUUACGUUGACAACAUCUGGAACGUCAUCAACUGGAAGACUGCUGAGGCUCGAUUCACCGGCACCCGCGAGGACGCCUUCAAAGUCCUCCGCGCCUCCAUCUAA